AUGUCUGCCGAAGGAGGGAAUGCCAAAAGGCGUUGCGUUAGCACAGCUUGCAUUGCCUGUCGUCGCAGGAAAUCAAAGGUAGCUUAUCUCAGCCCUUGUCUCUUGAAUAUCCUAUUGAUUGUCUCUAGUGCGACGGAAAUCUUCCUAGCUGUGCGGCUUGCUCAUCCGUAUAUCAUACUCCUUGUCUGCAUUUAUGACCCUAACUCUGAUAAUCGCCGCAAAGGCGUCUAUAAAAAAGAUGCCGACGCCAUGCGCACCAAGCAUACAACUCUCCAUACGCUCAUCCAAGCAUUGUUAAACUAUGAAGAGGAAGAUGCUUUUGAUCUCGUUCGUCAACUUCGAUCGUGUGACGAUCUGGAAGAGGUUGCGCGGUCUAUUGUCUCCCAGGAAAAGGGCUUCUCAUCCGGUGCAACAAAGGGCGACCUGGCCGGCGAUGACAACCCAUCGAAAUUCGAUCAAUUUGAAUCGGAGCUAUCGGGAAGGAUGAGUGAACUUGUCCUCGAUGGCUCACGCAAAUUCAUCGGUGGCACUUCCAACCUUAUAUUUCUACCUGCGGAUUCAGAGUUCCACGACGCCCCAGGAGCAGGAGAUACGCACCCGAAUGCCGUCAAAUCAUGGACUCAAGUGACUGAGGAUGACUCGCUCAUCAGUCAUCUGUUGACCAUGUAUUUUACAUGGCACUAUCCAUUUUUCACCAUUCUCUCAAAGGACCUGUUCUAUCGAGAUUAUAUGAGGAGGACCUCAACUAGCUACUGCUCAGCCUUGCUUGUGAACGCAAUGUUGGCCCUGGGCUGCCAUUUUAGUUCGUGGACAGGCGCUUAUGCGGAUCCUCAAGAUAUCGCGACUGCGGGGAAUCAUUUCUUCAAGGAAGCUAAGCGACUCAUCCACGAGAAUGACGAGCACGAGAACGCAAAACUGUGCACAGUGCAGGCUUUUGCCCUCAUGUCCGUCCGUGAGGCUGGAUGCGGUCGUGAAGGCAAAGGCUGGGUAUACAGUGGUCUGAGUUUCCGGAUGGCUCUCGAUCUUGGAUUGAAUAUCGAUACAAGGAAUACCGGAAGGCAGGGCCUGUCCGAGGAUGAACUUGAUGCUCGUCGUAUUACUUUCUGGGGGUGUUAUCUUAUUGACAAGUGUUGGUCGAAUUAUCUCGGCCGCCAGCCUCAAUUAUCGGCUUCGCAUGUUCCCAAAUUUGAUGUUUUCCCGAAGGAAGAGACUGAAAUUUGGUCGCCAUAUACGGAUUCUGGGCCAAGCCCGGACCAUGCGCAACCCUCUCGAACAAGGGCAGUGGCCAUACAAAUUUCAAAACUCUGUGAGAUCAGUAAUGACCUCAUGAAAUUUUUCUAUUCUCCAUCCGAGUCGGAAAGGGCACAGUCAAAACAGUCUGAAUUAAAAAGACUGAGCGAUGUCCAUACGCGACUUGAGGCUUGGAAGAAAGAAUUGCCACACGAAUUUGAGCCGAGAGAAGGGCAGCUGCCUCAAGUCCUCAUCCUUCUCAUACAUCUAUAUCGGCCUUUUCUCCGGUAUACCAAGGCUAAUACACCGCUCCCUUCUCAUGUAUCGCCCCGCAAGAUUUGUACUCAGGCAGCAUCUUCCAUUUCAAAGUUGAUGCGCAUUUAUAAACGCACCUAUGGACUGAAGCAAAUCUGCAAUAUCGUCGUCUAUAUGGCUCAUACCGCUUGUACCAUCCAUCUUCUCAAUCUGCCGGGGCGGAAUCCUGAGCGAGACGUUGUUCAUGGUCUGCGAAACCUCGAAGAAAUGGCCGACGCAUGGUUGGCUGCUCGGCGAACGUUGCGUAUCCUGGAUAUAUCUGCGAACAAGUGGCAAGUCCCGUUGCCUGCAGAAGCAACCAUUAUUUUUGAAAGAACACAUACGAAAUGGGGCUCCUGGGGGUCAUGGGAUCAGGCCGUAUCACCACCUGCAUCGGAUGAUCUCUCGAGCCCUCGGCCGAACAUCAGUAGCGUCACAACUCCAAGCAACUCAUCUGUCCAGCACCAAAAUUCUGCUGGAAAUCCCCCCCGUGGCCCAUUCAGCUGCAAUGCCUAUGGCUCCACCCUCGAACGCCCCCACGCUACUUGCCUGACUAGCCCUGCUCAGCACAUAGCAGCAGGACAGCCACCCCAGCACCCUGCAUAUGGGGCACCGGACACAUCGUAUCUCUCUCCAAUGCCACCACUUCAAGCCAAGUAUGACAUGGCACCAGCUAUGACUGCCUCGGGACCAACGCCCUCAACCCAACCUGGGUGGUUCCACCCACCCGCAAACCAGGUCAUGCCACAGACAACGAUGUCACCGUCUUCGCAUGGCUCUCCUAUGUCUGGGUUCGAUGGCACAGACCAUCUUGUCGAAGAAAGCCAAGACUGGUGGAAUCACAAUGCAGCAGCUGGACUGGAAAUGGGCAUGAACAGCUGGGGAGGCGCCGGUUGGAUUUCUAUGCCUGGAAUGUCAGCACAGUCUACGGUUCAAUUUGGCGGGUCUCCCACUCCGCUUAUGUCGAUGGCUCCCCAGCCCGGUCCAUCGAUGGCUCAGCAUCGCCCUCGUGGUGUGCCAAACGUUCCAAACACUCGGAAUGAAACACCGGGGUAUGAGAAUCACUGGGAAUGA